AGGAUUGUAUUGUUUUCCGCAUUCAGUCAGUUUCAUAAUGAUCCCUUGCAUAGCAGGUCGUACCAGAGUUACCUGGUCGGGCGCAACAAUAGUAGUGAAACGAUGACUACAAUAAUUUGAUAUGCUUUUUCUUUCCAUCUUUUACCGGAACAGUUCAACAGCCGACGAAGAUUAGAAUACUGUGAUGCGCUCACAGGUCUGUAUACUAUACUGCGUAAAAACAAGGGAGUGGGGGAUAGAACCGGCGAAGCCUACUGUAUCGUGUUUGCGGAUGUACAAGCUAGUAUCCAGUCAGAUGUGAUUGUGGCAUGCUGGCCCUAAGCAGAACCCCUGGGCUAGUUUGAUGACAAGCUAGGCUAGAAGAUGAGGAGGAGUCUAAAUGACUGUUUCGUCUUUGACGUAUUGACCCGUCUACUGUUGUUUGCAGUGUUCUGUGUGACGGAGGUGCUACCUCCUUUCUCUCGUGAGAUCCAGCCAGAGGAGAUGUGGCUCUACAAGUUCCACCAUGUGGAGAAUGACCACGUUCCUACCAAACUCAUGUUUAGCAUAGCACUUUUCAUCCCUAUGGCUGUCAUCAUGUUGUUUGCCUUUCUGAACAAGACAGAGAAGAGGGACAUUAAGGAUGCCUCUCUGGCUGUGACGUUGACUCUGGUACUCAAUGGGGUUUUCACCAACGCUAUCAAACUGGCAGUGGGCAGGCCACGGCCAGAUUUCUUCUACCGCUGUUUCCCUGAUGGUCAGAUGAACACGGAGCUGCAAUGCAGUGGAGACCCCGACACCGUAGAGGAGGGGAGGAAGAGCUUCCCUAGCGGACACUCAUCAUUUGCCUUUGCUGGUCUGGGCUUCACUGCUCUGUAUGUGGCGGGGAAGCUGCACUGCUUUAGUCCAGCAGGACGGGGCAAAGCCUGGCGACUCUGUGCCUUCCUCGCCCCUCUCCUCUUUGCCAUCCUCAUCGCCAUGUCCAGGACCUGCGACUACAAGCAUCACUGGCAAGAUGUCCUGGUUGGCUCUCUGCUGGGGUUGGUGUUUGCCUGUCUGGGCUACUGGCAGCACUACCCGUCUCUCAGUGACUCAGACAGCCACAGGCCCCUGCUGCACAGGGAAGUAGUCCCGGCGGCACAGGAGCGCAAGCAGCAGGAGCAGCAGGCCAACUCAGGAUACCUUCUGCCUCUGACCAAUUGUAUAGAAGUGAAAGGACCUCCACGGUUACGUUGGAUCACAAGCAAGGGAACAUGCUAGCACUCUCGGUUUUACAAAUCUAAGAGUAAUCCAAAUCGAAUGAGAAAAUGAAUGAAUCAUAUGGAGUCUUUCUUGAUCACUUAAGAUGCCAAAAUUGGAUGUCUCCUUUUUUAAUGCACUUACGGAUACUGUAUGUAUAGUACGUUGUUUACGAUACUGUGCCAAUAAAGUUUGUUACCAGGGAA